AUGCCGCUACCUCUUGUUCCAGACAUCCCCCUGCGCUAUGCACUCCCAGCCGCCGCGGCCACGGCGGCAUAUCUCAACGCACGAUGGUCCCUCUCCUAUGAUAUCGGCCUCAUCAAGUCGUUACUCAAGAUGACAGUGAAGUCGCACUAUGCGGAGCGGGGUGAUAAACUGAACCUCUUCUACGUCCUCGAGAACUUUGCGCUCUCUCCGGCGACCGCGGACAAAGAGUUUAUUGUAUACGAUGGCAAAGCAUGGACGUUUCACGAAACCUAUUUGAUGGCCCUUCGCUACGGUGCCUGGUUCAAAAAGGUCCAGGGUGUUCACCGCAAGGACAUUGUGGCAAUGGACUUUAUGAAUUCCUCGACCUUCCUUUUCAUGGUCCUCGGCCUGUGGAGUAUCGGCGCGGUCCCUGCAUUCAUCAACUAUAACUUGGCUGGUAAGCCCCUCACUCACUCCGUGCGGUCCUCUACCGCGAAGCUCCUGAUUGUUGACGAGGAGGUUCGCAACUGUUUCCCCGCCGAGCAGUUGGCGACUUUCUCGUCGCCGAGUUUCCGUGAUGGAAAGGGCUCGGUGAAAGUUGUUUUUUUCACGGCCGAUGUUGAGUCGCAGAUUCUGGAUAUGGAGCCCUCGCGGGAGGAUGACAAGGUCCGUAGCGGCUUGAUUCCCCGCGACAUGGCUAUCUUGAUUUACACCAGCGGCACUACUGGUCUCCCCAAACCUGCCAUUGUCAGCUGGAAGAAGUGCUGGUCUGGUAGCCUGUUCUUCGGAGACUGGAUGCGGAUAGGCCCUUCGGACCGCUUCUUCACUUGCAUGCCGCUUUACCACUCUUCUGCCUCGGUUCUCGGGUUCGUGACGUGUUUGAUGAACGGGUCGACUAUAAUCAUUGGCCGCAAAUUUUCUGCCCGCAACUUCAUGAAAGACGCUCGCGACACCAAUGCAACCAUUAUUCAGUAUGUGGGCGAGACUUUACGUUAUAUUUUGGGCGUGCCGCCCGAGGUUGAUGCGACUACUGGCGAGGAUCUCGACAAGAAGCACAAUAUCCGACUCGCCUUCGGUAACGGUCUCCGCCCGGAUAUCUGGAACCGCUUCAAGGACCGCUUCAACAUCCCCACGAUUGCCGAAUUCUAUGCUGCUACUGAAGGUACCUCUGGCUCGUGGAACAUUUCCUCUAAUGACUUCUCCGCCGGUGCUAUUGGUCGCAAUGGUGCUCUGGGCAACAUCAUCCUCGGUCGCGGCAGUGCCAUUGUGGAUGUGGAUCAUGAGACUCAGGAGCCAUGGCGGGAUCCCAAGACGGGUUUGUGCAAGAAAGUUCCCCGGGGCGAUCCUGGUGAGCUUCUGUUUGCUAUCGAUCCCGCGGACCCUAGCGCCACGUUCCAGGGUUACUUCCGGAAUGCGAAGGCCACCGAGGGCAAGAUCGUGCGCGAUGUGCUGAAAAAGGGCGACGCCUACUUCCGAACGGGUGAUAUGGUUCGAUGGGAUAGGGAGGGGCGCUGGUUCUUUUCAGAUCGCAUUGGCGACACCUACCGCUGGAAGAGCGAGAACGUGUCUACCAAUGAAGUUGCUGAAGUUCUCGGCGCUCACACGGACGUGCAUGAAGCUAAUGUCUACGGCGUGGCCCUCCCCAACCACGACGGCCGUGCCGGAUGUGCGGCCAUUGUAUUCAACCAGCAAGUGGCCAGCGGGAACACCACGGGCCGUGCUUUGGAGCCAUCGCCUGCAAUGCUUGACAGCCUUGCUGCUCACACCCUCCGUAAUUUGCCUCGCUUCGCUGCACCUCUUUUCAUUCGUGUGAUGUCUGAGAUGGCGUCGACUGGAAAUCUCAAGCAGCAGAAGCAUGUAUUGCGCACAGAGGGCGUGGACAUUGGGCAGGUCUCCCCGAACGACCGCCUGUACUGGCUACAGGGUAACACCUAUGUUCCCUUUGGAAAGCAGGACUGGGAUCGAUUGAAUGGUGGCCAGAUCCGGCUUUGA